GCGGGCCCGGGCGGCGGGGCCUCUUCGGUUCCGUCCGCCGUCAGCGCCGACCCCGGGCGGGGCGGGGAGCGAGCAGCGGCGGCGGGGGUCACCCCUCCCGGGAUGUCGCAGAGUGCCAUGUCCGAGACCUACGACAGCAUGAGCAGCUGGGUGGGGGCGUGACGAAUGAGAGGAUUUUUGGAACAGAAAAUCUUGAGCAUGUAAAUGGUCAUAUUUGUGAGCAAGAAACAGCCACCUUCUGAGAUGGAUUUUCUGUUUAAGUUCUUGGUGAUAGGAAAUGCUGGAACUGGAAAAUCCUGUUUGCUACACCAAUUUAUUGAAAAGAAAUUCAAAGAUGACUCAAAUCAUACUAUAGGAGUGGAAUUCGGUUCAAAGAUCAUAAAUGUUGGUGGUAAAUAUGUAAAAUUGCAGAUAUGGGAUACAGCAGGACAAGAGCGGUUCAGGUCUGUAACAAGGAGUUACUACAGAGGGGCUGCAGGUGCUUUGCUUGUCUAUGAUAUAACCAGCCGGGAAACCUACAAUGCACUUACUAAUUGGUUGACGGAUGCAAGAAUGUUAGCAAGUCAAAAUAUUGUGAUAAUACUGUGUGGAAACAAAAAGGAUCUUGAUGCAGAUCGUGAAGUCACUUUUUUAGAAGCAUCCCGGUUUGCACAGGAAAAUGAGCUGAUGUUCUUGGAAACAAGUGCUCUAACGGGGGAAAAUGUGGAAGAGGCCUUUGUACAGUGUGCAAGGAAAAUACUCAAUAAAAUUGAAUCAGGAGAAUUGGAUCCAGAAAGAAUGGGCUCAGGUAUUCAGUAUGGAGAUGCUGCCUUGAGACAGCUGAGGUCACCACGCAGAGCACAAGCACAAAGUGCUCAAGACUGUGGGUGUUAGAGAAAUAAAACACAAAAUCCCAAAUACUUACUUUAGAUACAGAAGCUGUCCUUGCAAAUGAUGUUUGAAGAAACAGAAAAGCUUGAAGGCUAUGCAGUUUUUAAAAACAUCUUUCCGCUACCUACAAACAGAGCAGACCACUGACAGAAAGGUGUCCUGUGGUAGGGGGCAGGAAUGUGCACAACACAGAAGUCUGGAAAGUGAACUGGAUAGUUUGCUGGACAAUAUUAAGGCUUAUACCUGUAUGUAAAUGUUUUCCAUUACCUGUUUUUGUUCUUUCACCUCUAGUUUAAAGCAUUGCAAUGUACUGUAAAUAAUGUAACAGUAAAUUUACAAAGCAUGGUAUACUUAUGUAUGCUAUUAGAAUGUUGCACUAUAAGCAGUUUAAUAUUUUAUUUUUUUAUCAUAUAAACAAAUUUAACUGAGGUAGGUUUUGUCACGUUUGUUGCACAAUAGUUUGUAUUUACAACCAGAAUUAUAAAACCACUGGCAACUGUCAGUGAGAGGUUGUUGGUUUAUUUUUUCCUACUCAGUUGGCCACAUUCCAACAAGCUGUUGCCAGGAUCAAUUCUUAACAUGUGGUUAUGACCCAUACUUCUGUAUCCUGAUAGUCAAGUUGGAAAAGGCAAGUUAAAGCACAAGAGCAGAGCAAGAAUGCUACACUGAGCUAUACCAUCUUUCAUGAAAUUAGACUUCUGUUUAUUCCCUUUGUCCUGAAUUUUUGGUUCAAAUAGAUGCUUAUCUGAAAAGUAUGCACCUUGGGUUGUUUCUGAAUUAAAUGGAAUUAAGCAUGCUUUGUACUUGAAAAGCCUGGGUUUAGGCUGUUGGGUCCAAGAACUUUCAUGUUGUGUCACUCCUCUGAUUGUUGUAUUUAGGAUUGGAUUUGUUACAGAACUGAUAACAAUUAUUCCCAAAGGCAGUCUCUUCCUCGUAAGAGUGUGAAGUAUUUUUUGAAGCAGCAUAAUUGUAUUCUCAAGAACAUCAGAGAACUCCAAAGAAGCUUACCUGUCUUAAUUCUCAGAUCAGUUUGGCUUUCAGCACUGCAAAUACUUACCAAAAGCAAGUCCUCUGGAGUAGGAAGUUGGAUGGAGCGGUCUCCACCAGUCCAAAUAGCCAGUUAUUAAUUGGGAUGUGUUACCCCCCAGAGCUGAGGAGGCUGUUGGUUCCAAAACCCCCAAAACAGUUCUGGAACACUGAGAAAAGAUGAGGUACUGGGUGGUCUAUUCCACCACAUGCCAUUCCACAACCCAAUCAGGUUUCUUGGCACACUGAUAAAAGCCUAGCACUGACACAGCACAAGCAGAGCUGAAGGUUGUUCUUCUGACACUGUUAGAAUGGUGGAAGGGGUGUUGGCUAUUUAUUGAUCAAAACCUCUUUCUCUUAUUACAGUAGCAGUUGAAAGGAGCAGAGGACUGUUGCUAAUAAAUAGAAAUUUCAGGGGUUUCACAGGAGUUUUCUUCUACUUUCUGUCCCUUUUACAUACAGGGCCUCUUUUAUACUUGGUUCUUAUGAUCAUUUUGGUCAAGUGUCUCUGGUUUAAAAAGCAGUAAGCAGUUUUAUUCUUUCAGUAACUGUCUUAAAGCUGUCCCCUUCCUCCCUGGAAGGAAAGACUAGUGUCAUUAUAAUGAGUUUGGACAUGUUUUUACCAUUUUUUAAUGUAUACUCCCACUGUAUACACAUUAACCUGGUUAAUGUGCAUGUUUUGUAGUAUCUCAGCCUUUUAUGCUGCAUAUCUUGCUGACAUUCUAAAAAGAAAUUUUCUAAAAUUGCAACUUCUUAGAGAAAUACUGUUGCAAGCAAUAGCUCUCAGCAGUGCAAACUCUACUGUUUACUGUUGCUCUUCUGAGAGUCUAUUAUUUCUAAAAAUAAACAUCAUGCCAAUAUCAGCCCUGGAGUGUAUUUCAAGCAUUAGCAUUAUAGUUGACAUCUAGCUCACCUGAACAGUAAGUCAUAAAUAGGCUAUGUAUGUUUUCAGGGUAAAAUUUUUACUUUAUCAAAGCAAGAUGGGUGGGAGUUUUACAUGAAAUACCACAAAUAUAUGUGAGGUUUCAUUGGAUGUGAAGCUUUAGCUGUUCAGCCCAUUAAGAGAUUUAAAUGUCUUAUUAAAGCCUGUGUCUUGCCUUUAAUGAGUCUGUUGGCCUACAGUAUUUCAUUUAAUGCUUGUAUCUAGCACCAAAUAAAGAAUCUUCCUUGAUUUUCUUCCAGU